UUCGAAAACCAUAUUAUAUAAAACCGGUUCACUGAUUGUCCUAAAACCGGAUCAAUUUUAUGUUGUUAAACCCAACCUUGGCUUCUUCUUCCUCACUCUCUGCGCCGCGGUCUCUCUCGAGAAAUCCAUCUUCGUCUUUAGAUCUUUUCCUCCCCCAAGCAAAGCUUCUUCGAUCUUCCUCGUGUCUCUAAAAAAAAGCAAUGGCGAGCUUGAGAGAACCGCCGAACGAGCAAGCCAUCCUCAACAUCUACGAAUCCAUGAGAUCAGAGCUGAGCCAAAUCUACUCCAACAUAACCGACCUCGAGAUGCAAGUCAGCGAGCACUCUCUCGUCGUCAACGCCAUCCAGCCUCUCGACCAGUCCAGGAAAUGCUUCCGCAUGAUCGGAGGCGUUCUGGUGGAGAGAACCAUCAAAGAGGUGCUCCCAGCUGUCCACCGCAACAAGGAAGGUCUCGAAGAGGUCGUCAGGAAGCUGUACGAGACGUUGGAGAAGAAGAAGAAAGAUAUGACGGAGUUUGAAGGUAAGUAUAAGAUCAGGCUUAGGAAACAGGACGAGUCCAAGGAUGAAGGUAGUAAUAAAAAGGAAGGUAAUGCUCAAGGUGUUCUCGUUGGAGCUGCUAGUGCGAGCCAGUAAACACUCUUUCUUCUGUCGUUUUGCUUGCAUCUUUUUUUGCUGGUGAUGGUGUUACAAUAUCAGUAGAUUGGAGAACCAAAACAUUAUCUUUAUAUUCAACAUGAGAGUCUUACAUC